GGAACAAAGCGAGGCAUCUCAGAGCAGUUGCGAUGUGGAAACCGGAGAGACAUUCAGUUUGCUCUCUGAUGAGAUGAUCCUGAGUGUUCUCAAGUGGCUCCCAAAACGUACCCUGGCGCACUGUAUGCUGGUCUGCAAGCGGUGAGUUAAAAUGGUCAAAGAUGAAACUCUAUGGCAGCGGUUAGACCUCGGUAACAGAGUUCUGGCUAAGAACGCGCUUAAUGGUAUACUGUCCAGGAAACCAGUCAUACUGAGACUUGCCAGCUCUGAGGUGAGGAAUCCAAAGUUGAGUAGCAUGCCAGCGCUGCAGUAUCUAGAAGUGUGGGGAAUGCUGCAAACCGCCUCCCUCAACGCCCUGAGGGCAGCACUCCCGGCGAUACAAGUCAACCAGUUUAUGUUCAGCGCUAUAGCCCGACCAACAGUAGGUGCUCGAAGAACUUCAAUAUGGGGACUUCGUACUAGAGACUGAGUAUUUUUAGUUAUAAAUGAUGUAGUCCAGGAGGCAGACGCAGAUUCGAGGCACCAAGUGGUGAAACUGAAACCCUCGCUUAAUAUUUCUGAUUUUUCGAUAUUAUGUAAUGUUGGUAGAAGUGGUUAGUGUUAAUGGAUAUACAGGGUAUGGUAUAUAGAGUUUGCGAUUGAAAUAUCUAAUUAUUAAUGGAAUAGCAAGACUACUGAGCCUGCGUGUGAGUUAGAACUUCCUUGUAAGAACAUAUUAAUUACCAAACCGUUACCGCACUAAUUGGUAGGUGUGCGCACUUUUUUUGAGAUAUCUGUCAUAUUUACAUCUAAAAUCUACGGAAAGAAGAUUGGCUGACAGUGUCAGAAAGUUUCCUUAUUCUCAAAGCUGAAUGAACGCCACACAUCCAGAUUGUGAAAGGUAUUUAAUUUUGUUGGUGGAAGGUAUAAUGCUAGAAUUCAUUGGCAGAAAUCUGUCUAAAUGGUGCUUUGGAAUAUCACCUUAACAGGUGUGGAGAAUCGUAAACUAUAACAUUCUAUUUAUAUUCAAAAUAUACAUUAUAUAAUAUUGACAAUUUCUCAUCCGUUAAAUCCUGAGUUACAAUUUGAAAAAACUAUAUAAAGUACAACUGCCUCCUGGACUAUUUUAUAAUCAGACAUAUUUAUUUGAUUUAUUAUAAGAAUUAUUUUUUAAAUAAUUAAUGGGUCACAAUUGAGUGUUUGAACAAUACUAUGUGGUCGCUGAGCACGAGAUAUAGCGGUUAUUGACCUCCGUGGGUGGCUAUAUAACGUGAUUCGCCUCAGUAUCGUAAAGCGAGUUGUGUUAAUAAUUUUACUUGAGUGAUAAAGAGAGCUAAUACUGAUCAAUCACUGAUAUUAUCCCUCCUCGGAUUGAACGCGAGGUCUUUUGAUCAUAAACUUAGUAUAAUAUCGUAAUAGGCAAACACUCUCCUCAUUAAUGCGAGAGUAAAUUAAAAAUGUUCAUGUGUGCUAGUUUUACAGAUGUGUUAGUGAUAUAAGUGAUGUGUCUAGUAUUUUGCUUUUCGUCAAUCCCUAUGACAAAUAUUGAUAAAUGGCGUCAUAUUCACGUAUACAAUAUUUUAUCAUCUAACACAUAUUUUAUUAAAUGAUUAUAAUAUUAAGAUAACAUUCUUUACUGCGUAUAUAAAAUGUAAUAUUUAACAUUGAAGAAUUAGUAUUUACCGGUGAAAUGUUUCUUUAGUUAUAUUGUUGCUAUAUGACGUAACAACACAAUCAAAUACAGAACACGACACCAUUAAUAAAAUUAAUAUCAGUUGAAACACAGAACAAUAACGAUGAAAGUACUAAAAUUAAAACGCGGUCCAAUUUGACAGGAGACUAAUGGACACUAAAUUGUUUCAAAACGGUUUCAUGGUCUCGUUCUCACACCUAGGUUUUCAUGUAAUGGUAGUUAUCUCACCGUCACACAGGAUUCGUCUAUUAUGCUAGUAUAAUAAAUUUAUGCUUUUCAUAGACUUGUUAAGUUACACAGAUUGUCUUUAUUUUUUAUACAGAUUGAUUGUAAUUCCGUCUGGAGGUUUAAGUGGCUUGUCUUGUAAGUUUUACAGAAGCUAAUCAGCAUUAAUUAGAUUUUGUUCUCUUGAAUGGCCUAAAAUAUUCAUUAAAUCAUUGCACCUAAUAUAUCUUUGCACACGGGGCAGAACUGUGCGAGCCGUACAGCUGCAAUAGGCCAAUGACCUUAGAUCAAAGCCCCGCCGACAGACCUAACUUUUUUAUAUUUUCUAAGCAAAAUAAGAAUGCGCAUGUUUUUAAUUUGUUUAAUCCAAUUUAGAAACAUAUUUUUGUUUUAUAAGUAUUUUAUAUGUUAACAAUUUGUUAUUUUUAAGGUGAUAAUUAAAUAAAUCAAUGAGCAGGUUAUAAACUGUAAAGUAGAUCCUGCAGAUGGAGCCAUAACAUAAGAGUUGAACAAGACACCAAGAUUAACGAACGAUUGGCUCUGGUAAGAGCGCUCGGGCGUAACCCGAGAGGUCGCGGGUUCGAAUCUGGCGUCGUUCACAAUUUUUGGUUACUUUAAUUUAUAUUCCCUAUGUUAAAAAAUCAAAUUCAGGCUAUUUUUUAGUAAAUUACUAAUUUACUAUAAACUUAAAUACUUUUUUGUUUUUGUAAUAGAACCUAAGUGUUCAAAGUGUGACUUGUAAUAUUUUAUCCGCGACAUUAUAAUAACCAUUCUGUAUAUAGAUAUUAACGUUGAGUAAUUAACUACCGCAGAUAUGACAGAUACGUUGACAUUAAUUUAUUGUAUCAUUUCUAUAAUUAAUGUUUUCAAUCUUUUUUAAAUUUGUGGAUUGGUAAGUUCAACAGAAGUUAGUUAGCUAAUUAGCAUUAUAAGAUUUUGUUCUUUCGAAUAGCCUAAAAUGUCCGAAAUCUUUGCACCCAUAAUAUUUUGUGUGCACACGAGGCCGUGCGAGCCGUACAGCUGCAAUAGGCAAAUGACCUUUCAUCAAAGCACCGCCGACACGUCUAACUUUUUUUUUUUUUAAUAUUUCCUACUUUAACAAUAAUUUGUGAUUUUUUCCCGCGACGUUAAAAUAAUCAAUCCUGUUAUAAUAUUAACGUUGAGUAAUUAAUGACAACGACAGUAUGCUGUUAUUAUUUUUUGUAUCAUAUCGAUAAUGUAUGUUUUCUAUCUUUUUUUUUUAUUUGUGCGGUGAUCGCUUAAUGUGUCUUCAGACAUUGGGCACAUUAGACACGGGUUUUAUAGUAGGAUAUUCCUGCUAGGUCUUCAAAAUAGUUAUUUGUGAAAAAUCUCAAAAAGUACAAGGCAACAAAGCCUUGGUAAAAAAAGAACGUGUUAAUUUUUUUUUUAUAUUGUAUGAUUUAUUAUUUAAAAAUAAUAAAGGAAUAGUUCCUAAAAAUAUUAUAGCUAAACUGAAUGAUGCUUUUGUGUUUCUAAUAUAGGAUUGGCGGCUUUAAUUACCAAACAGAUGCUCCGGCCAUUUUUAUAUUUAGCUUUUGAGGGUAGUCGGUAAUCGGUCAAUGACCGAUAGUAUUCUGUUGCAAUAGGAAUUUAUAACUAUCGCUCUCCGUAGAUUCGUUAUCGUUUACAAGUAGGGGUUAAGGAAGAAAUUAAUGUCCCAAACUAGGCAUAGACAUAUACAACGAUAUAUUUAAUAGAAUAUAGUUACUUAAAACAUAUAUAAAUACUUAUAUAAACAUCCAUGACUUGGAGACAAACACCUAUAUCUUAACCUGAUAUCCUAAACUAAUGAACGUAUUUUAAUAGGGAUUACUCCAUGGAGUACAGUUUAGUCCAACUUGACAGAUAGUUUUUAUUUCGAUAUGGGACCCAUAAUUAUAUUCCCAAUGUUUGUUUUGUAUGAACAUAUUUUCUAUGAGAGAAAUUAUUGACGCACGGUUUGACAGUUCUGCUGUGAAACAAUUUCAUUACGACAGCAGGGUGCAUAUUUUACGUAAUGAUGUUAUGAAAUAUUAUUGACAAAUUCAUAAAACAAACAGUGUUUUAUUUAUUACGUACAGAACAACGUCUGUCGGGUCAGCUAGUAAUAUAUAUAAAUGACUUCACUUACCGCGAUUCGCACCCGGGACCUCUAGCUCAAUAGACAGGGUCACCAACUACUGGGAUAAAUGGGUCAUCAUACGAGAAUUCGAUAAUUUAGCAGCCAUAGUAAAUAUGGAAAAAGAAACGGCUAAUUUCAUAUCACAAAAGAGUGUUUUAUCGUACUUUUUCUUAACAUUUAUGUUAACACCAUAAACUUAAUAUAAUAGCGUAAUAGACAAACACUCUCCUCAUUACGUCGAGACUAAAUUUAAAAAGUUCAUGUGUGCUAGUUUUACAGAUGUGUUAGUGAAGUGUGUAGAAUUUUGCAUUAAAAAAAUCCCUAUGAAAACAUUUGAUAAAUGGCGUCAUAUUCACGUAUACAAUAUUUUAUUAUCUAACACAUAUUUUAUUAAAUGAUUAUAAUAUUAAGAAUAUACUGUUUACCGCGUAUAUUAAAUGUAAUAUUUAGUAUUUUAGUGCAUAUGUUCUACGAAAAUAAACAUCACGAAAGUAGUAUUGAAGAUUUCAGUAUUUACCCGUGAGAUGAUUCUUUAGUUGGAUCGUUGAAACACAAAACAAUAACGAUAAAAGCACUAAAAUUAAAACGCGGUCCAAUUUGACAGGAGACUAAUGGACACUAAAAUGUUUCAAAAUGGUUUCACGUCUAUUACGGUAGUAUAUAAAGUGUUUGUCUUACACACAUUAUCAUUAAAGUACUUUAAGUUAAUUAGCCCCUCUAAGAGAGCACGUAUUUGUUCUUAUUUUUUAAUACGUAGUGUAGUGAUGUCUUCCCUAUCGAUAAUAAAAUGACUAGUGAUGCACUUAUAAUCAAUAAUUAACCGCAAUCGAGAUUUUUUUGUAGGUGAUAGUAUAGUUAAUGGCUUCAGAACCCGUUUCUUAUCAGUUUCAAUAACCUAAGGCACUUUUCCCAUCCUUAGUUAUAAAUAGCGCGAAUAGCCCUCUUCUGCAGCACAAAGAUGGUAUUAAUAUCAGCUGUACUGCCCCAUAACAAUAUACCAUAGGACAUAAUACUAUUAAAAUAACUAAAUAAAUAAUUAUUUAUUUAUUUAUCAAUUAAAAACUUGUUCUAAUGACCAAUAAUAUAUUAUUACGAAAUGUUAUAGAAAAUUUAAUUGAAAUUGUUAAUUCAUAAUUAUCUCAAUGAAAUAGUGUUGUCUAAACUAAGUAGUUCUGUCUAAUAAAUAAACGCGAUGGAAAGUUACUCCAAGUUUAAAAUUACUUCUCCCUGUCAUGUUAUUCUGUAGUGACAAAGGUAACGACAAACAAACGGCUUUGCAAAUAAACUUGGUAUAUAGUUGCAACUGAUAAUAAACCAAGAAUAUGCAAAAUGUUGACUACAUCGCUGGCAACACUAGACUAGUAAUACCUUUUUAAAAAAAGCGAUUCACUCGAUUGCAUGAAACGUGCAGUCAUUGAUAGAUUGACAGAAAAAGGAGAUAGCCGAAAUACACUACGUUUUACGGCCGCUUUCAAUAACCUAUCUAUCCUUAGUUUAACUUACUAGACGUAGACAAAUCUAUCCUUUUACGCUUACAUUUCAAUAACCUAUUGACAGAUAGCAUUGGGCUAUAACUAUGGAUAGAUAAGAUCUUGUCAUUAAACGGUGACAGCAAUGUAUCCGUAAGUUAAACUAAGGAUAGGUUAUUGAAAACGGCCGCUAAGCAACUGUUCGCUUUCAAACUUAGCCGGAUUAUACUUCGUCGCCAUAUUGUAAUAAUUACUAUUUCGAACUUAUAUCAAAUGACUGCACGUAAGGCGAAGAAUAAGCAGAAAACACGCAAACAUGGUGUUUUUAGACAAGUUUUGUGGUGAAAGUAUAGCAUUUCGAGCUAUGAACACUACUUAGUCCUGUUACACAUAUCCUUCAGUCUUGUUUGUAAAGUUGCUAAUGCUUGCUGUUGGUUAUAGUUAACAUUGCCGAGCCUUUUUGAACUACCACUUUUCUUUGAAGUUAAACAAGUUUUUUGGCAUAGCGUGACGCAUUUUUUUGGUACUUCUCUCAGAAAAGUUAUUCUUAUAGCUUGUAAUUUUUUGUGUAGGUUCAUUUAUUCAGAUUAGUAGUGAAUAACGACGAUUGUAAGCAUAUAAACUGUUUUCCACCUAAGAAUUUUGAAAAUAUUGGCUUUGUUACAUAGAUGGCGGGCCGGCAGCCGUGAACUCAUAUCGCUCAAGGUCGCUGGCAUUUAGUGUCGCCUUAAUAUCAAACUAAAUUUUAUUUUUUACUUAGGCAGUACCGCCUCUUAUUUCGUAGUAGUUACAUAUACUCUUUGACAACACUGUCACACAUUCACUAAUUAUUGUAUAUAUAUAAUUAAAUUGAUCAUAUCCUUAUAAGUAAUAAGAAUAUUUUGUGUUUAAUUGAAAACUGUAACUAGAAUGCAUUUAUAAUUGUACAUAGACUUUUUUACGAUUGUUAAAUGAAAGAUAUUUUUGUGGAAUAAAAGAUUUUUAUUAAAAA